GCUGAUUGAAACCAUGGCGCUGUGGUAUAUCAACUUCACCGAUCUCGGCGUUUUGGACGUGGAACUCGAAGACCUUCUGGCAAUUUCGGAUGGGCCGGCUUGCCAAGAAAGAUUCAGCAGCAUCUCGCAUGCAGGUCUGAGCUGUAACAGUACAUGGGACAGUAUCUACUGCUGGCCGAGCAUCCCGGCAGGACACACCAUCUUCUUACCAUGUCCACAUCACAAGGGCUUCGACAGCUCAAAGAUUCUAGCGCACCGGACAUGUGACGAAGACGGAGAAUGGCUCAUGGGGAACUGGACGAACUACACGGCCUGUCUCCAGUACCCGUUCAAACCGGAUGCUGCAGUUCUACUGGCAGUGAGAGACAUCUAUGUGGUCGGGUCCAGCCUCUCCCUGCUCACUCUGUGCGUCACUCUUUUCAUCUUCUGCUACUUCCGGAGAUUGCAGUGUGACCGCAUCAGAAUACACAAGCACUUUGUGCUGUCACUCAUCCUGAGAGCCAUUAUUCUCAUCGUUCUGCUGCAACCAUUUCUCGACAUCUCCGGCAGUUAUGAAUACAUGAAUGAGCCCGCAGUGUGCCGAGGCCUGGUUGUCCUGCUGCAGUACUUCAGCCUGACGAACAUCUUCUGGAUGCUGAUUGAGGGGCUGUUCCUCUACGUGCGCUGUGUGGUGGCUGUGAUGAGACACAUCUCCAGUCUCACUGUCUUUUAUGUGAUCGGCUGGGGUGCCCCGGUGGUGUUCGUUGCGGUGUGGACAGUGGUUAUGAGUGUUUACGACACCAAACCUUGCUGGCACCACUAUGGGCGCCUGAAGUACGUGUGGAUCAUCUCUGGACCAAUCGUCGGUGCUCUUCUGGUCAACCUGUACUUCCUGUUCCACAUCUUGGCCGUCCUGGUAACGAAGAUUAAGGAUGACCAGAAGACCCCCCACGCCACGGAGCCAUGGCACGAGCUGACCCUGGGCUUCAAACUGGACCUGAAGGACGGCACGUCCAACAUGGCGGCCGCUGCCGUCCCCAAGAAACCCGGAGAGAUGGAGAGAAUAAGGAAGGCUCUUCGGGCCCUGUUCGUGCUGUUGCCUUUGCUGGGCCUGACUAACCUGCUGUUCUUCGUCGAUCCGCAAGAUGGCGGUGUUGGCGAGAACAUCUUUCAGAUCUUCAACGCACUGUUGCAGUCAACACAGGGUCUGGUCGUGUCCAUAAUCUACUGUUUCACCAACGACGAGGUGAAAUCCGUGAUCAGGGAUCGGAUGAACCGCCAGAAGCAGCCAUUGACCAACAAAACGGUUCUCUCGGCCACUAACUGCCAUCGGCGCAGCGCUCAGUCCACCACCUGCACCCCCGGCCGGGACCCGGAUGUACGGAUACAGCGCAGUGAGCGCUCCAGCGUGGUGUAA